AUUACCAAAGCAAAAACAUGCUACUGUUUCCGUGUCAAAUGGUGAUAAGGAAAUGGUGAUUGAAAUUGACAUAAAAUUCCGCCCUUGGAGGUCAAGGGCUGCACAGCAGAAAGCUGUGGACAGAGUGCGGGAAAUAAGAAGCAUGUGAAGUCGGUACAGUUACAGAUGGCACCAUACUGUAUGUGUACAUAUUUGUUGAUGGCUCCUUAGCGGUAGAACCAUAAGGAAAUAAGGAGUUACUUACUCGUGGCUUAGAUUUAUUAAUGCUUGCAUCUUUGUGAAAAAUGCUGAAUGUCCAUCUAGCGUCUGCCUGACCAUCCGUUCGUAGCCGUAGGACGAUCUAGCUGUUUUGAUCAUUAAUUUCUUGUGAAUGCAUUUCGUACAGGUCUCUGCCAUCGCUUUCAACGAAUUUUCUCCAAAUAUCCUGUUGUAUUACAUGUAAAUUAAUUUACAUAGUGGUCAUCAGUUUUUUCCAGAGUCCUUUAUCAAUUCUAGUUGCAGAAUGUAACUUAAUGUAUCGACUAACUUGGGUGAGUCACGGGGAAAAACUGCUUUUAACGUGCCGGAUCAACAGUAAGCCUCAUUUACCACAUCUUCACACGCGCAUCUUCCCUAGUGUAAACUGAUGUCAAAAGAGUGAUCCCCAUAAUCAACUAUAGCCUGUUUUGAGUCUCGCCGAACCAAAAACGAUCCAUGACAACCGCCCAAAUUCACAAAUAAAUACAUUUUCAGACGCUACACCCACUGUGGCAAGGCAGAAUCUAUUAGCGCCAUCUGAUGAUGGGGCGUGAACCAGCCAAAUGGACGACUAGAUUUGCUUAGUGUUACUAUAAUGAUUGCCAUAGGUAUUAUAUCCCUUUAACAACCACUGGUAGAUCCAGGAUCAAUCCUUGAUCGAGUCACACCUAAGACUUUAAAAGAGGAAGUUGUAACUUCCUCGCUUGGCAUUCAGCAUGAAGGGGAUAGUGCAACGACUGGUUGACCCGUAUCAGUAUAAUGGCUCGGGCGGGGCGGCUUACUUGCCUUCGGUAAGUCGUCUCAGUGAAGCAGCACUGAAUAAAAGAGCGGUGGAAAUCCGUCCUGCAACAAGGAGGCACAUUACAUUAUAUAUGCACCCUAAGGAUUCCUUCGUCGUCAUAUGACUGAAAAAUUGUUGAGUACGACGUUAAACCCCAAGCACUCACUCACUCACUUCUUUAACAACCUUAUUUUUUUCUGCGUUCACAUCGAUCGCAUGACUUGUAUGUACGACUAUCAGAACGAGAUGGCGGUCACAGUGAGUGUAGUGUUUGAAAAUGCACCUCCCCAAUCCCCCACCCCGGUCAAGAAAGUUGGGGGGGGGGGGAGAUGAAGGGAUUAUAUACUGGAAUUACCCUCUCUCCUUCUGUCUGGAAGUCUGUCUGUCUUAUCAUGAUUUUCUCCAUGCAUCUCCCUAUCCACUGUGCCGAUUUUUAUGCAACUUAACAUACAUCUUGCCUAUCAUCUGAACUUUUGCAUGCUUAGGUUAAAUGGCAAUGCACAAGUUCACGCAGUGCACAAGUGAGAGCUAGGUUUGAACAUUACAUUAUACGUGGCACCAUGUGGUGUUUUAAUGUUCAACCCUAGCUCUCACUUGGUUGGCUUGGAUUUUAACUAUACCAGGAUGUUGUAAAUUUCUUGAGUGUUGUACAUGUACCUUUCCUGUGUAAUAUCAGUCUGGAUUAACCUAUAUCACCGGAGUUCAUUAUCGCUGGAGAAAAGCGACGGGUACAUGAAGAACUGAAAGUUUUGUGAUGUAUUGGUGAAAAUUUUUUUUUUAGAGGAUUCAUGUUUACUGUGUAUAUAUAGCCUUGAUUGUGCUAUUUAAACACCCUUUCUUCAUUGUCCAAUCAGAAUAUCACUUAUUUUUAUGAGAAAAAGGAAAUAAGAAGUAUAUACAUGGUACAAAAUGUUUCUAAAUUUAACGUUCAAUAAUUAAUAUCUUAAAAAGAGUAGUACACAAAUAAAGUCAAUGGAGAUUUCUCUUCUUAGCAGAAAUAAAUCACAUGAAAUUGUCAGAAAACAAAGCAUGAAACCUUCUGUCCUGUUCACGAUAUCACCUUGAUUUGAAUAUAGCUGAUAUUGAUUUUUUUCACAUGCAAUGCAUUUUUUUUCAAACUUCUUGCGGGUAUUUUUUAAUUCUUAAUGAUUUUCUAAUCCAAUAGAAGACAUAGUAAGCUGGAAAGAGGACAGUAUGGCAACUGAAAUCAGGUUGUUGACCCUGGUGCUGGAUGGAGGUGAACUGCAAGCAUGUCUGAGCAUACCUCUGCAGAUCAGACCAGAGUAUGGCAUGCUGCUUACACAUGGGGCAGGUGGAUCAAUGGAUUCAGCAGAGUUACCUGCCCUUGCCUCCCAUCUGGCCAGUCAUGGUUUAAUAUGCCUGAGGUUCACAUGCAAGGGACUGAACCUUAAUUACAGAGUUAAAAUGUACCAGCAAGUUUUGGAAAAAUUUCAGUCUGUAAUAGAGUUUCCUUUGAAAGGCAUAUUUCUGGCAGGUCGAUCUAUGGGCUCCAGAGCUGCUGUGAUGGUGGCUAAUAACAGUAAAGGGACACAACUCUACACAUUAAUUAAGGGUGUGAUUUGCCUGUCUUACCCUCUGAUUGGCUCUGGUAAGGGUGACCUCCGUGAUGCUCCACUGUUACAGCUUAAUCACCCCAGCCUCUUUGUGAGUGGAGACAGAGACCCAAUGUGUCCGAAGGAGAAGAUGUUGAGCACCCUAAGACAAUGUGACAAAACACACAGCAUUCAUUGGAUCCAGGGAGCAGGACACGGGUUUAGUGAUACAAAGGGUAUGAGAGUUUUAGAGACUAUCCAGGCUGUGUGUGACCAGGUGGGGAGCUGGUGUGGCCAGAUCUGUUCAGGUCACCUUGACACAGUGGCACCAGUAGGAUGUGAAGGAGAACACCCAUUGGUCAGCCUGGAAGCUGAGCAGUCAUGUGACAUGAAGGAAAGAGAUGGUCGACAGGAAAGAAAACGUGGACAGAAGUCUAGCAGAAAGUUUUCAGUCUCCUCCAGUGAAUCAUCUUGCAGGAGAAACAAAACUGAGGCUGGCAGUGAUUCCACAAAGCACAAAAAGAUGAAAUGUUCAGCUGAUCCAGCAGUAACCAAUAGACUGAGAUCUAGAGCAAGGACAAAGUAAUGCACUCCGCUUACAUUGACCUUGACCGUCUGUAUUUAAAUUUGUCUUACAGUGUUAUUUUUUGUCAUGGUGUUGCAUAGUUUGUGUAUUAAUCAUCAUUGAAACGAAAAGUUUUAAAAAUUAGCCGAUGGCUUGUGAUGGCGUUUUGAAAACCAGUGUGGUAGAAAUCGUAGAAGUAUUCAUGAUGGCUUUUUUUUCUUUCUUUCUUUUUUUAAGUGAUUGUGUUCUCUUACCUGAAAUAUGAUAUACAUAUACAGUUUUUCAGAACUAAUGAUGAAAGAAAUGCACCAUAAACCUACAUUCAUGGUGGAUGUUUUAUUACAGCUGCAUUCAUUGAGGUUAUUUGAAAUCAGUGUUUGUAUUU